AUGCCUCCAAAAGAGGGUAUGGAACGUAAAAAUCUUUUGGUUGCUAGUGUGAAGAUCUUCAAAUCACAAGGCAAAGCUUUGGCUGAGUAUGCCAAGCCAACCACCAAGUUAUUGUUGUUGGUAACCCAGCCAACACCAACGCCUUCAUCUGUGCCAAAUAUGCUGCCCCAAAAGCGCCUGCUCGUACUCAGAGCAUUGGGUCGUGCGGGCAGGCUGCGAAGCAAGGAGAAGUACAAAGAAAAACUUAUAUUUUCUGAGCUCGAUCGCUUGACUAACAUCGGUCCCAUGAAAGCGAUUACCGCUGGUGGUGCCCAUGGAAUUGUUGCUUCUGGACAUACAGUCAAUGGUUCAAUUUGUGUACUGCAAAGGACGGUCCGGUCAGACAUAAUCACUAGCAGUUUCUUACAAGACGCUCAACAGCUAUGGGCAGUUGGAAGAAGAGAAGAUGAUUCUCACAAAUAUCUCAUCGUAUCUCGUACGCGAUCUUCUUUGAUUCUCGAGUUAGGGGAAGACAUGGUUGAGUUGGAAGAACCGCUUUUUCUCUCGGACGAACCUACCGUAACAGCAGGAGAGAUAGCCGAUGGUGGUCUUGCUGUUCAAGUGACGUCACUACGUGUAGCUUUUGUGGCAGAAGAAAAACAACUUCAACAGAUUGAUUUGGAUUCCAACUUCCCUGUUGUUGCGGCAUCAAUAGUUGAUUCUUACGUGGCUUUACUGACUCAAAACGGGCGCUUGAUGUUGUUCCAUCUUGUUUUGAACCCUACUGUGCACCUACAGGAAAUUGACAUAGCCAACACUGCAUUUGCUAAAAGAACCGUUUAUCAUCGAGCUCCGUUGACUGCACAGUCUAUUUAUCGCGAUAUGAGUGGACUCAUGGCUUGCUCUCAAGAUGAUGCAAGCAUCGCCGAAGGAAGAAAAGCUAGCAGGUUAAGAAAGGCGGCUGCACGCCGAACUCUUGUGGACUCCAUCGACAUUGACCUCUAUGGCGAUGAGGGAUUACCCACUAGUAAUGCCGUCGUUGAUGAGGACGAGCUAUUGUAUGGAGAACCGGCAGGAAAUAAAAAAGGCAUAACCACAUCAUUCAGUGGAGCCUACAUAUUGGCUCGUACUGGCUCGCAACAGCGGGAAGGCCGUAAUCCAACUCUCUACCGGAUAUGA